UCUGUCAAUGUCAAAAAUAUCAGCAGUAUUAUUUAAUUAUUCAAUUUCGUUUCAAAAUAUGUUUAUAAAUUAUUACUUAUUUAUGUAAUAUUGAAAUAUAGUAGAAGACAUUACUUCAGAAGUUGUCAGAAACGAUAAUUUUCGAUCAUGGCUGAAGAAAUGCAGAUCGAAGAAAAUCUAGACAGAGAUUUCCUGUUGUUCAUGUCAUUGACAAAGACAUAUUUUCCACAAAUUGAUGAUCAAAGACAUAAAACGCUGUGCACUCAAUGGCUUUCAAAAUUAUGUGGAGAAAAAGUGGAGGGUAUAUCGCAAAAAAGAAACAGAAAUUGGUUUUUAUCACACCUGCUCAUGUAUAUGCAAGAAAGAAAAGUGGCAGGGCCAUUUCUAAAACCACCUGCGGAUGGAGCCCUGCCUAAGGCAACAGCGGUGUUUGGUCCACCACCUGCUGAAGAAUCCAUAAUAGAUGACGGAGAGAACUUGAUUGGUGAGAAUAAAUCAUGUGUUACAAUCACUUGGCCAAGCAUAGAAAACUUUUCCAACGGAUACAAAUUUGAGUCAUGAAGCUGAUGAAACAUCCGAAUAUUUCAAGUAUACCAAAUUUUCCAAUAUUGAUACAGGUAGAACAAUGGAAGAUUUUCAGGAACGAUCAGCCGA